AUGGCGGGCCCAAAACUACUUCCGGCUACCACCAAUGGCCCAGUUUCCAAGCGCCAGAAAGUCGACGGCGCCGGUGAGAAGAGCUCUUCGCCGCUGGUUCGCCAAUCCAAAAUAUUUGCGCCGUUCCGAACUGUAGGUCUCGUGUCUCCCACCAGCGUACCUUUUACCUCCCUCCCGCUCGGAAAAACAACCUUCCAAAUCACCACCUCGGUUGGCCGCUCGCUACAGACGUACGAUUUGAAGCGCGGACUACAUCUCGUCUUCAUCACCCGACCACAAACUCCCGAGGACAUCACCGCAACAAUAGCAUGGAAGAAGGUCGUCUUUGCAGCUUGGUCCGGCCAAAAGCGCAGUGCUUCGCGCGGUGUCUGGGUUUUUCAACGUGGAAAGAAAGUGGCCGAAUUGGAAUUACCGCGAGGCGGGAUCGAAAGGAUAAGCCGCCUUGUUGUCAUGGGCGAGUGGAUUGUAGGAUGCGGCACUGGCAAAAUUGAAGUGUGGAGAACGGCUACGUUGGAGCACUACACCACCCUUCAAAGUCCCUCUUCCAGUCCUCUCUCUGGAUCCAUCUGCAACAUGCCGACAUACCUGAACAAAAUAUUCGUGGGACGAAGGGAUGGUUCGGUGGAGAUCUGGAACCUCAGCACUGGAAAGCUACUCUAUACACUCCUCCCACCUGCCGCAGACUUUGGCUCUGUGACCGCAUUGCAGCCGACCCCCGCCUUAUCUCUGCUUGCGAUCGCAUACGAAUCAGGCCCAGUUACCAUACAUGAUAUACGAGCUGACAAGGAGGUCAUGCGAUUGAACACGGGCGGAUCGCAGAAGCUUCCCAUCACCUCCAUCUCGUUCAGGACUGAUGGACUCGGUGCUGGCGAUGAUGGCCGAGAAGACGGAGUCAUGGCGACUGCAAGUCACGACAGCGGAGAUAUUACCUUCUGGGAUCUCAAUAAAGGCGGCCGUAAGAAAGGAACCUUGCGGGGAGCUCACGGGCCUCCGCCUUCUGCAAGUGGCGGCGUUGGCGGUGGCAUCAGCAAAAUCGAGUUCUUGGCUGGUCAAGCAGUGAUUGUGUCGAGCGGCUUGGACAAUUCAUUGAAAAGCUGGAUCUUCGACGAGACCCCGUUCUCACCUAUACCACGCAUUCUACACUCGCGCGGUGGCCAUGCUGCUCCUGUCUCCGCGCUUCGCUUCCUGCCCUCCAACUCAGACGGUUCGGAUGAUACUGGCAAGUGGCUACUCAGUGCAAGCAAAGAUCGAAGUCUAUGGGGUUGGAGCUUGCGAAGAGACGGACAAAGCACAGAGCUUAGUCAAGGUGCAAUUCAAAAGAAAGCCAAGAAAAUGGGGCUUCUCAGCGGCGAUGCUGAAGGUUCGAAACAUCAUGUGAAGCUUGAAGACCUCAAGGCUCCUUCAAUCACAUGCAUUGCAUGUUCUCUUAACCGCGACGGGGGAAUGGGAGCCAUGCCUGGCGUCAAUGGCAUCUGGAACAACUCGUCGAGCGUCAAGGGACAGGACAAAAAGAAGCCUGAAGUCAACAUGACAGGAUGGGAAAGUAUCGUCACAGGACAUGCUGGAGACAAGACUGCGAGAACCUGGUUCUGGGGACGAAAACGAGCAGGAAGAUGGGCGUUCGACACAAGUGACGGGUCUGAAGUCAAGAGUGUUGCAAUCUCAUCUUGCGGCACAUUCGCUUUGAUUGGUUCGGCCGGCGGCUCCAUCGACAUGUACAACCUUCAAUCUGGACAACAUCGGAGGAGAUUUCCCACUCGAUUAACCCCAGUAGAAGCGAAAAAGUACAAGCUACAACAAUUGCAGGCCGAAGACGCCCUCCUUGUUGAGGACGAUUCUCCUCGGAAGUUCGCAAAGGGUGAAGGUAAACACAAGGGAGCCGUUACGGGGCUCGCCGUAGAUGGCAUGAACCGUACACUCAUAAGCUGCUCUGACGACGGCAAAGUAAAAUUCUGGGAUUUUGCUACCGGCCAUCUCCUACACGAGAUCGACUGGUAUCCCAUGACCAAAAUCUUUGGACUUCGCUACCAUCGCAACAGCGACCUAAUAGCACUGAGCUGCGACGACGGCUCAAUCCGUGUUGUGGACAUCACGACAAGGAAGCUCAUUCGAGAGCUCUGGGCAUCUCGAUCUCAUGCUGAGCUGGAUACGCUCGAUUAUACCUUCUCGAACGAUGGCCGAUGGAUCAUAUCUGCAGCAUCUGAUUCUACCGUUAGAGUCUGGGAUCUUCCAACUGGUCAUCUUAUUGACGCCAUGAAGUUACCGAGAAAGUGCAACACUGUAGCAUUCUCUCCUUCAGGUGAAUUUCUUGCCACGGGCUUAGAUGGUGAGGUAGGCGUCCAUAUUUGGACGAAUAGGACGCUGUUUACGCAUGUGUCUACACGUCAAAUCACGGAAACGGAUAUUGCGACUGUUAGUGCACCUACGGCUUCUGGCGAAGGUGGCGUGGCUGUCGUUGAAGCAGCCGCUGAAGAGCAGUCGGAAGAUGAGCAACAGGACGAAACCACAGUUCCGAUUAUGGAUCAACUCAGUGACAAAAUCACGACUCUGAGCUUAGUUCCUAAGUCGCGCUGGCAAACACUUCUCCACCUCGACCUAAUUCGAGCACGCAACAAGCCUCAAGAAGCGCCCAAGGCGCCUGAGAAAGCGCCUUUCUUCCUACCUUCGCUCGGUCAAAAUCAAGUCGCGGGAGUAGACAGUACUGCUCUUGCACUACCUGAUCAGGAACCGGCAUCCCGUAUAUCCAGCUCCGCACUCGCCUCGCGGUCAACAGCUGCCGCAGCUACAAACGAAUUUACCCGCCUUCUCGCCCAGGCCACGCAAACCUUUGAAUAUGCACCGCUCAUCUCGUAUCUUUCCUCCCUGCCUCCCUCCGCCGCCGACAUUGCCAUCCGCACGCUCGACAACACGGAGCCGUACAUCGAGUUGAGGACGUUCAUUCAUGUACUUACCGCGAGGCUCAGGGAGAGAAGAGACUACGAACUCGUGCAGGCUUGGAUGAGCGUAUUUUUGAGGUUGCAUGGAGAUACAAUUGUCAAGAGCGAGGAGCUGAUGGAUGGGCUGAGGAAGUGGCAAGAGGAAGCGAAGAGGGAGAGGGAGAGAGUAGGUGGGUUGGUAGGGUAUAGUGUUGGUGUUGUAGGGUGGGUGAGGAGUGCGCGAUGA